GCAUCUUUGGGCGGAGCCGCUGUUUUGCGGGUCGCUCGGGCUGAAGAUGGCGGCUGAGGGCGGGGGGAAGGAGCUGAAUGAGAUCAAGUCGCAGUUCCGCACCCGGGAAGGAGCCUACAAGCUGCUGAGCCUGUCCGAGUACAGCCGCCCCAACCGGGUGCCGCUCAGCGCCGCGCAGGGCACCAACCCCGUGCGGGUCUCCAUGGUCAACGUGCGCGACCAGAGCGGCAGCGGCGACCGCAUCUGCUUCAACGUGGGCCGGGAGCUCUACCUCUACUUGUACCGGGGGCCCAGGAAGGCGGCCGACCUAAGCAAACCUAUCGACAAGCGAAUCUACAAGGGGACGCAGCCCACCUGUCACGAUUUCAACCAGUUCACUGCCUCACCCGACAGCGUCUCACUCGUAGUCGGCUUCUCUGCGGGUCAAGUGCAGUACCUGGAUCCCAUCAAGAAGGAAACCAGCAAACUCUUCAACGAAGAGAGGUUCAUCGACAAGACCAAGGUGACCUGUCUGAAGUGGAUGCCUGAGUCCGAGACCCUCUUCCUGGUUGCCCACACCAGCGGCAACCUCUACCUCUACAACGUGGACCACCCGUGCGGGACCACCGCCCCCCACUACCAGCCGCUGAAGCAGGGGCCCGGCUUUUCCGUCUACACCUGCAAGAGCAAGUCCAGCCGCAACCCGCUGCUGAAGUGGUCAGUGGGCGAGGGGGCGUUGCACGAGUUUGCCUUCGCUCCGGAUGGGAAGCACGUGGCGUGCGCCAGCCAGGACGGCAGCCUGCGGGUCUUCCACUUUGAUUCCAUGGAGCUGUACGGCGUCAUGAAGAGCUACUUUGGCGGCUUGCUGUGCGUGUGCUGGAGCCCGGACGGGAGGUACAUCGUGACGGGCGGCGAGGACGACCUGGUGACCGUCUGGUCUUUCUGGGACUGCCGGGUGAUCGCCAGAGGCCACGGUCACAAGUCCUGGGUCAGCGUGGUGGCAUUUGACCCGUACACGAGCAGCGUGGACGAAGGGGAGCCGCCCGAGUUUAGCGGCAGUGAUGAGGAAUUACAGGAACACGCUCUCCCCCUUGCCCGCGAUCGCACCAACAGCACUUUAUCCCGACUCUCCAAGCACAACUCCACAGAGGGGCGGGCUGCCGGAGUCACCUAUCGCUUUGGCUCCGUGGGGCAGGACACCCAGUUUUGCCUGUGGGAUUUGACGGAGGACAUCCUCUUCCCCCACCAGUCCCUCUCGCGGGCUCGGACGCACACCAACGUGGUGAGCACCGCGGUGCCGGGCUCGCUGAGCGGCGGCAGCCUGGCGCUGGAGGCCGGCACCGCCAACUGCGUGCCCCACUCGCUCUCCCGCUCCAACAGCCUGCCCCACCCGGCGGUGGCCAACGCCAAGGGCCACGCGGACGGCCCCGCGCCCUUCUCCGUCAGCAAGUUCGCCACCCUGGCCUAUCACGAGCGCAAGGCCAAGGGCGCGGAGAAGGACCACAAGCGCAACCACAGCAUCGGGCACGUCAUCAGCAAGAGCAACGACAAGCUCCACAUGGUGACCCGCGCCAAAGCCGACGCGGCAAAGACCCUGGGCACCACGCUGUGCCCGCGCAUGGACGAGGUGCCCUUGCUGGAGCCUCUGGUCUGUAAAAAGAUCGCACACGAGAGGCUAACGGUGUUGAUAUUUCUGGAGGACUGCAUAGUCACUGCCUGCCAGGAAGGCUUCAUAUGCACUUGGGCGCGGCCAGGUAAAGUGGGUUUACUGUCGGCACAGAAUCAAGCUAAUUCACCGAGUGGCACUGUGGUGUAGUUGGGAGUCUUCAGCGGACAUACAUUCAGUUGCGCGCUGCCAGAGCUCUACAAGUAUCCAGGCAUCUGCCUGUUGAACAUCAGAGCUGCUGCUGCCUCAGUGGUCCCAGUUCUUGGAUGCCCAAGCUGACCAGUCGUGAGCCGAAAUGGACUCCUUUAUUUAUUAAUAAAUGUUCAACACUAAAUCCUACCGUGGAUUUGAACCUCAAAUCACAUCUAAUUUAUGAAACUGUACAGUUAAAAUGUAACCCAGAGAGCAAAAUCAGGAGCUUUAUCAGUGUCUUAUUACAGAUAGAUUAUUAUAUAUUGUGCACAUAGACAAUGAUUCAAGAAAAACUAACUAAGAGGCAAUCUGUGUAAUUCUCCCUCCAAUCUCGAGCAUGACCACAGACAAAUGCUUAUCCCACGAGUGUGAGGAAUAGGAUAUGAUACAGGUUUGUGUCUGAUCUGGUGCAGAAACACGUGAGCAAUAGAAGGCUAGGCAGAGCGAUCUGCUUUUGCCACUGUUAGUGGAAUGAGCAAUGUACAGUUGAUGGUCACUUUUUAAAAUUUGCACUUGACCGAAUUCUGCAGGAGUGAAUUGUGAAGAAGUACACUUGGUGCCAUUACCUCUGGCUAUAAAUAUUGUACAUGUGAUGAUUUGCAAGAGAUAACAAAUGACUGGUUUCACCUUUAUUAAAAUAUUUAAAGUAUGUUUCUAAUACA